CAGAUGUUGUCUUCAAAAUGUUCUCGCAAUAAGAUCUGCAGCCACCCCCUCCUGCAGCUUGAGAUACUGACAGGCUGGAGUCAGACAUUUCAAUCGCCCAAUAGUUGGGUAGAAUGUUCUGAGCAUGAUGUUCGAAUCAGAUCUUCUCGCUGAGCGCGUUGAUCAGAUCUCGUUGAUCAGCCACCAGAGAUUCAAGGUCAUUACUUCCAUUCUGUUUAGUAUUGCCCUCGUCUCUGUAGCUUGCCGUGUGGUGCUUAAGCUUCAUCACAAGCGUUGCUUCCGCCUCGAUGACUACAUCCUUUUCUUCGGUACUGGCUGUCUUAUCGCGGCAUUUGGAAUGCUCAACAACAACAUCAGUGCCUUCUACAUUGGUCCUGCGAUUCAAGUCGACCCCAGCCUGAUAUUCGUGGUUCCUCAUGGCGUACUAUUGGGAUUGAGACCGGCAAUGUCCAUCAUGUACGCGAUCCUUACGCUCCUAUGGACAGCAACUUUCAGCGUCAAAUUUUCGUUCCUCGCCUUCUUCUACGACAUAGUCAAGUCUCUGCGGACGAUCAAACACUACUACUUUGCCACUGUCGGAUUGACGUUUUUCUCAUACGUGCUCGUGGUUAUCAGCCCCUUCAUUGUCUGCCCGCAGUUCAGCAUGUCGACAGGUAAGGGCAUCCCAUUGCAUCUACCUCAUUCAAAUCUGAUCAACCCCCUAGCGACCUGCCUCGUCAACCCCAACACGAAGCUGCUGGCAGCUCUCACCUACACGGGCACUGCGAUGGACUGCAUCACCGAUCUCAUGAUCGCCUCGAUCCCAAUAAUAAUCCUCCACCAAAUCCGAAUCUUGUCCUGCCAAAAGCUGGCUGUUGGCUUCACAAGUCUUACGCUGAUCAUGAUUCCCGUCUCCGUCGCGCGGAGUACUAGGAUCCAGGGUCCCGCUGGUGCCCCGGAGGACGUUUCCUGGAUGAUGUUUUGGGUGUAUUGCGAAAGUGCGGUGGCGGUUCUUUUGAUAUCCCUCACUGCGCUGCGGACGUUCUUCAAUCAGAAAAGAGAAGAAGAGAACCGAAGACAGAGAUGGAGGCAAUUUCCGAUAUGUGGUGAGCGAAGCGAUUGUAUCAAGAAGCCACAGAGAUCCCUAUUCCGGGUGAGCACUCUUACGAUACCGAAGCGGUGCAGUAAAGGUGCACCGCCUCUGCCAUCUGUAUUGCCACCAAUUCCCACAGCGACUUUACAUGGCUUGUGGGCGUACCUGAAGGAAGGUGAUGCCGUUGAUAAGGAGUUCAGAGUGGAAGGUGGCAUACCUACGAGUCCCGCGACCGUAUGUAGCGAGAGGACGAUGCGUGAAUUCACUUCUGCAUGCGCUUGCGAAAAAUCUCUGGAAUGUAUUAUAUGAUUCUAUGAAGUAAAGAACAUAUAGUACUAUACUCUACAUAGCACGUAUACAUAUUUAUUAUAGCAAC